AUGGACGAACUGGAAAAUGUCAAACCUAAAUUCGCAUUUGAAGAAAUUGAAAGAACAAGGUACUCCGAGGUCGGCUACGAAUUUUCCCCUUUAGCGCGCCAGGAAGGACGAGAAAGUCACUCACCCUCACCGGACUUCUUGGAUAUCCCGAACGCCGGUGGAAGUCGUCUCCAACCCCGCCAGUUGUUACAAAGCGACUCGGGCUCGCUGCUGAAGCUGCACAGGGAGUCCUCCUCGAAGCGGUCCGAGUCGUCGAAGGAGAAGCGGUCAUUUUCCUCCCAUUCGAUCAGAUGCCCUCCGGCGGGUCCAGCGGCCUCAUCCGCGACGAUUCCGGGUUCGGCGGCUGCUCUGGCCGCCCCCGCGUUUCUCGAACCCGCGCCUCCUGGGCCGCCGCCGCCGCCGCCGCCAUCGCCAUCGCCAUCGCCCCCGCCGCCACCGCCCCCGCCACCUCCGCCAACACCGCCAGCGGGACCGCUGUUACCACUGCCAGUCCUGCCGCCGGUUCGACCGCCACCACCGCCGCCGCCGCCACCGCUACCGGAGGACCGAGCCAGGUUGCCCGCCAGUUUUAAUUGCCGUGCGAAUCAGCACACGCGAAACUACGAGCGCGUCCCCGACUAUUACCCGCCACUGUGCCAGCCGCGCAGAGUAUCGCCCGCGCGGUCGCGUAGCGACGUAGCCUCCACCGGCCCGUCAGCCCCGAGGACCUGCAACCGGGAGAGAGCGUCUCAUUAUUAA